AUGUUCAAGGGACUGAGCAAAGGCUCCCAGGGGAAGGGGUCCCCCAAGGGCUCCCCCAGCAAGCACAGUCGGCCAAAGGGCCCGGGGUGGACUCUCUCCCUGCCUUGGGAGCCGCACACUCAGGCCGAACUUCAGCCCUGGCGGGAGGCAGGGGAUGACCUGGGGCUCCCUACAUCCUCUAAGGGGGCUCGCGGUCCACGGAUUGAGGCCGCUCAGCGGGAGAAGUGCUGGACAGAAGCCAGCACCGAUGCCCUCCUCUGCCAAAGGCUGGGAGAGAGGAGAGCCUGGCUGCCUGACUCCAGCUCUGCCCCAAGGCUCUACUUGGCUGGGAUGACCCCUGGAGCCUGGGACUGGCUGAACAGUGAGCAGAGCCAGGCCCUGCAGCACCAACAGGAGACGGGCCGCAGCCUGAAGAAGGCCGAGGUGCUGCUCAAGGACCUCUUCCUGAACGUGGACAAGGCCCCACGGCUCAAGCACCCGCAGGCUGAGGAGAUUGAGAAGGACAUCGAGCAGCUGCACAAGCGGUUGACCCAGGAGUGUGCGGAGUACCGUGCCCUGUAUGAGAAGAUGGUGCUGCCCCCAAACGUGGGACCCAGGGUCGACUGGGCACGCGUGCUGGAGCAGAGACAGAAGCAGGUCUGCGCAGGCCAGUACCGGCCGGGCAUGGCGGAGCUGGAGCAACAGAUCGCCGAGCACAACGUCCUGCAGAAGGAGAUCGACGACCAAGGAGAGCAGCUGCGGAGCCUCGUGGGGCCGGAUGCAGCCACCAUCCGGAGCCAAUACCGAGACCUACUGAAGGCGGCGUCGUGGCGCGGGCAGAGCCUGGGCAGCCUGUACACGCACCUGCAGGGCUGCACGCGGCAGCUGAGCGCCCUGGCGGAGCAGCAGCGCCGCAUCCUGCAGCGGGACUGGAGCGACCUCAUGGCCGACCCUGCGGGCGUGCGGCGGGAGUACGAGCACUUCAAGCAGCACGAGCUGUUGAGCCAGGAGCAGAGCGUAAACCAGCUGGAGGACGACGGUGAGCGCAUGGUGGAGGUGCGGCACCCCGCGGUGUGGCCCAUCCAGGCCCACCAGGAGGCCCUGAAGAUGGAGUGGCAGAACUUCCUGAACCUGUGCAUCUGCCAGGAGACCCAGCUGCAGCACGUGGAGGACUACAGCCGGUUCCAGGAAGAGGCUGACUCAGUCAGCCAGACCCUGGUGAAGCUCAACUCCAACUUGGAUGCCAAGUAUAGCCCUGCACCUGGGGGCCCCCCUGGCACCCCCACAGAGCUGCUGCAACAGCUGGAGGCAGAGGAGAAACAGCUGGCCGUCACCGAGAGGGCCACUGGGGACCUGCAGCGGCGAAGCCGGGAUGUGGCCCCUCUGCCACAGCGAAGAAACCUGCCUCAGCAGCCCCUGCACAUGGACAGCAUCUGCGACUGGGACUCAGGAGAAGUGCAGCUGCUGCAGGGUGAGGGGUAUAAGCUGAUAGAUAACACUGACCCGCACACCUGGGUCAUGCAGGGCCCUGGUGGGGAGACCAACCGUGCUCCCGCCGCCUGCUUCUGCAUCCCAGCCCCAGACCCUGAUGCCGUGGCCAGGGCCUCCCGGCUGGCCUCGGAGCUGCAGGCCCUGAAGCAGAAAUUGGCCACAGUCCAGAGCCACCUGAAGGCCAGCGCUGUGGAGUCUGUUCGGCCCAGCCAGCACGCUCCAUCUGGCUCGGCCCUGGCCAACCCACAGGCCCAGAAGCUCCUGACACAGAUGACCCGGCUGGAUGGAGACCUGGGACAGAUAGAGAGGCAGGUGCUGGCCUGGGCACGGGCCCUGCUGAGCCGCACCACGCCCCUGGAGGACCUGGUGGGCCGCAUCCACAGCCACGAGCCCUGAUGCCUGGCCCCAGCCACCUGUGUAGUAAAUAAGAAGAGGGAGAAGGGGAGAAUCCCAGGCCAUGGUGGGUACCCC